AUGGUUUGUAGAGAGGGAGGAACCUCGAUAUAAAACCAGUCUGAUUUCACUGUUCUCCACUUUGCUGCAGAACUACAACAGGAGGAGGAGGAUGGCAGAGCGACGCAGACGCAGGAAAUCCUGGUGGUGGCCAUUCAUUGAGUCUGAACCUGAACCUGAACCUACGCCUUCUCCCACUUUUAAGGAACCCUGGAGGAAAAUAUCUUGGGGAGAGAAACAGAGGGAUCUUCAGUAUGUGCAGGAGUACAGGCCUGAAAACGGAGACAUUAAACAUCUGCGAAUUCUUCUGUACGGGCCUGUCGGAGGCGGAAAGUCCAGCUUCAUCAACUCUGUCAGCACCGUCAUGCGAGGCAGGACAACUAUUCCUGCUGCAGCCAGUGCAACCACCUCUGACACAAGCUUCACCAGACAAUAUAAAACUCAUCAAAUCAGAAAAGGAAGAGGAAACCCAAAGACAUUUUACCCGUUCGUCUUCAAUGAUAUGAUGGGGCUGGAGGAGGGGUCGGACUCUGGAGUUCGUGCUGACGACAUCAAACUGGCCAUGAAGGGACAUGUGAUAGAGGAUCACAAGUUCAACCCAGCAUGUCCUCUGUCAGAUGAAGACCCAGGCUACAACCAAACACCUUCUCCAGACGACAGAGUUCAUGUCCUGGUUUGUGUGAUUUCUGCAAACUCAUCAGAGAUCAAGGAGCCAAUUCUGCAGAAGAUGAGUAGCAUCAGAGAGACAGCAAGAGACCUGGGUUCAACAUUGGUUGACAACUAAAGUCUAAAGUCACUCAGUCUGGUCAGCUUCUGUUGUGUGAGAAGCAGAAACUGAAGUCUAUGAAAUGUAAGUUAAAUGCAUGUGACACAUUGAAUGAAGAGCCACAGCCUCCUGAACUUCACCUGCUGCUGACUCCAAACACUGAAGCUCCUGAU